AUGGAGCGCCUGAAGCACAAGCGAGCCGCACGACGUGCGCAAGUAACAAAGUUGAUCCAUGAGGUAACAGAGCUUUGGAGCGACCACACCGUUAGCAAGACCACACUCAAUGGAUUAUUGGCAAGACUCGUUGCCAGUGACGGCGAUCUUCGAAAGGCCAGUGAAGAAAUGGAACCAUUCAUAAAGGAUGAUGACCUCGCAGCCGAAUACGAAGUAAUAAUCGGGUACGAGGAGCAAGCAGCGAACGCUAUCGCGGAGGUUCAAACGCAACGCGACAACCACAAACAACUGGCCCUCCAGAAAAUCAUCACGUGCAAUCUUCCGGUAUCAAACUGCCCAAACUUCAACUCCAGACCUUCGCAGGGUCAAGCAGCAUCCGCUAUUAGGGGACUCCAGGCGACGGAAUCGUGCUAUAACGAUGCAAUAGAGAUACUGACGCAGCGCUUCGGGAACACUGGUCGGAUUGAACGUGAAUACCUAGCGAGGCUAAGAAACCUGCCACCAGUCAGGUUUUCGACAGAUGUGGUGGGACUUCGAGUAUUGUACGACCACGUCCAGUCCAAUAUAAGAGGUCUGCGAGCGUUGGGACUACCGACUACCACCUAUGCGUCAAUGAUGGUGGAUAUUCUCUUGUCGUCUCUAGCCUCUGACAUGGUCGUGGAGUAUCAACGCAUGGUGCGGUAUCGGACUGCUUUGUCCGACACCAACGGAACAGAUAAUGACACGUUGUCACGUGCCUCCGAAUCAACUACUGGGACAGACGCGAAGGCAAGUGACGAGCUGUCCAAAGUGCUACAGUUUGUGCGUGUAGAACUUGAAAGUCGUGAACAAUGUGGCGCGAAAAGCCGCAGUGUUACGCAGUCGGUUCAUCAACAGCUUAGAGUGAAGCCCAGUAGAAACAUUCCAACAGGUGCUGUGGUACAUACGCGCGUGGGAGCUGCCCCUAACUGUGUUUUCUGUGGGUCUACUGAUCACGAUACCCCAAUGUGCAGAAUGGAUAUGCCAAUGGCUGACAAAAUGAAGAAGCUUUCGCGAGAGAUGCGGUGCUUCCGCUGUACUAAAAGGGGUCACCGCUCAAAGGACUGCCGUUCCAGGAUCACCUGCAAGCAUUGUAGACGAAAACAUGCGUCAUCAGUAUGCGACCCAUUCGAGAGUACUCUACCGAAAGAAAUGGUUGGAGAUGUUUCGACCACUACCAACAUGAUGGCCACGAACGGCGCACCGCACAAGCAAAAUAGUGAGGUACUGCUUCAGACUUUCCGUACGUGGGCGUCGUCCGACGCCGAGUGUGCCCUUCUCCGAGGCGUCGUUGACGGGGGAAGUCAGCGCACUUUCGUCCGCGAAGACAUUGCCAAAAAACUGACGCUAAAAGUAAUCGGUGAGAGCAACAUGCACAUCAAUACCUUCGCUAACGACGCGCCUUCAAACCGGAUACACAAUGGGAAGGUGGUAGAGCUUCGUCUUAGGAGCCAAUAUCAACCAAAGGAGUACAUCAUUCGGGCUACUACAAUACCAUUCAUCUGUAAGGAUCUCACAAGCACUCUGGUGAGUCACGACUUUGUGGAAUGCAUACGCCGUCGUGGGGACAGUUUUCGGGUGAACCUUCCAAGGACCGACGACGACCACCAGCCACUGCACCGAGCAGUCUACGGAGCAGUGUGCGUCUUGAAGGCUGGGGUGAUGAUGCAAGAAGAAAACGACACGCUGAAGAAAUUCUGGGAAUUAGAAAGUAUCGGAAUUGUAGGCGAUGCGAGCACCAUGGCCGAACAGAACUCUUUCGUUUUAGAGGAGUUCGAGCGCAACGUACAACUGCGAGGAGGCCGGUGUGCAUUGCAAUGGAAAGCCCGCAAACAUGAUCUACAGGACAACUACACAAUAGCCAGAAACAGACUGCAGGGCCUCGUGAGGCUGCUGAACCGGGAUGGCAACGCUGAGGACUAUGACAGAGCCAUCCGCACCUAUAUCGAAAGCUGA